GGAGGAUCCCGGGACGAGCCGCGGCGGAGCAGCCAUCGCUCGGCACCGCCCGGCUCGGCAGGGCCCGGGCCAGCACGCUGGGCCGGACGGGAUGGCCGCCCGCAUCCUGCACCGCCUGCGGCACGCACUGGCCGGUGAAGGCGGCCGGGAGGAAAGGGUGCGUGGCGGCUCCGAGGCCGAAGAGUUCCCGGAGAGCUCGGAGCUGGAGGACGACACGGAGGGGCUGUCGACGCGCCUCAGCGGCACCCUGAGCUUCACCAGCCAGGAGGAGGAGGAAGAAGACGAGGAGAACGAAGAGGAGGAGGGUGCUGGAGAGGAGCUGGGGGAGCCACCGCAGGCGACGGGGGCGGCAGCGGGUGCGGAGGACGGAGAGUGGGGUCCCGCGGCGGAGCGCCCCGGCAGCAGCCUGCUGACCCGGCAACUGCAGGAGCUGUGGAGGAAGUCGCGGGGCAGCCUGGCACCCCAGCGGCUGCUCUUCGAGGUCACCAGCGCCAGCGUGGUCAGCGAUCGCUCCUCCAAGUACGUGCUCUACACCAUCUACCUGAUCCGCUCCGGCCGGUUCGACAAGGCCCCCGCCGCCAUCACCCGGCGCUACUCGGACUUCGAGCGGCUGAACCGCCGCCUGCGCUGCCGCUUCGGCGUCGACAUGGCCGGCAUCGCCUUCCCCAGGAAGAGGCUGCGCCGGAAUUUCACCGCCGAGACCAUCGCCAAGAGAAGCCGAGCCUUCGAGCAGUUCCUGUCCCACCUGCACUCCAUCCCCGAGAUCCGCCGCUCCCCCGAGUUCCUCGAGUUCUUCUUCCUGCAGGACCUGCGAACUGCCCAGCGCCUGACCUGCACCGGGAUGUACCGCGAGGCCCUGGCCACCUGGGCCAACGCCUACCGGCUGCAGGACCGGCUGGGGGUCUGCAGCUCCGGCCGCUUCCUCCUGACGCUGGCCGGGCUGGCUGUCUGCCACCAGGAGCUGGAUGAGCUCGGGGAGGCCCACGGUUGCUGCGAGCAGGCGCUGCAGCUGCUGGAAGCCCAAGGUAGCCACCCGCUGCUGGGGCCCUUCCUACAGGCCCACGUCCACCUGGCCUGGAAGGUGGGCAAGGACAAGCGGCGCUCGGAAGCCCGGCUGCAGGACCUGCGGGAGGCCGGGCCGCCCCUGCAUCAGCAGCCCACCCUGAAGGAGUGUUUGAUCAAGGAGCCUCUGGAGUGAGUGUCCCCACGCUGGCAGGAGGGCAGGGGGUCCCGUGGGGCUCGUGGCCGGGGAGGGGAGCGAGGGCGAUGCUGCAGGUGGGGAUGGGGCAGGGAGGCAGUGCUGGAUCCCGCCGGCAGCACGGCCCACACCCCGGAGCUGCCUUGAAAAUGCACUUUUUUUGUGUGGUUAGUCCGUCCCGUGGGGCCGGGUGUUCAUGGGUGCUCAUCACCCACACCAGCACUGCCGGGAGCUGGCUCCCCCACUGCGAGGGGGCUUCCAGAGUGGACGGGACUUUAGCUGGGACAUACUGGCACUACAUAAGGGAACGGGAAGGCCGCUGGCAGGGUCCGGGGCUCUUGCCAGGAACUUCCCAUAAAACUUCUAUAAUAAAAAUGGCUUUAUUUAAUAAAGUCUUGGUAGGAAGA